CGGCGGAACAGUCCCUCGCACUUACAGUGGAGGAAUCGAACGUCCCCGAGCGCACACCGUCUCCACGAGCGAAAGGAAAUAACGUUGUGUUGUUUUUUUUCUCGCCUCCUCCGCCGCUCAAACAACACGAACGCACAGAGGCUGCAACAAUUUGGGAAACUGGGGACAUUCUAGAGUAUUGUUCUCACAAGGAGAGGAGGAAAGCGAGGGAUCGGGAGCCGCAAGUUUUUUUUUCUUUUUCCCUUUCUCUCUUUUCUUGGUUUCACCCUCCACCCGCCCCCCGAAAAGAAGGAUUCUGUGUUCGGCGGUGCUUCGUGUUCCGCUCUCCCCGCCGCAAAGAUGAUGGUCGGAGAGGUCGAAGUGAAGGAGCGACCGAGGCCGAGUCCCGACUAUUUGAUGCAAUUGUUGAACGAGAAGAAGCUCAUGACCAGCUUGCCCAAUCUCUGCGGCAUCUUCACGCACCUCGAGCGGCUUCUCGAUGAAGAGAUCAACAGAGUGCGCAAACACAUGUACAGCGAUACAGUCAAUGGCCUUGUGGACAGACACCCCCUGGAGCUACCUGAGCCUAUGGGACCCAUGGUCUACCUGCAGGAAAAACUGUUUGUGCCUGUCAAAGAGUACCCAGACUAUAACUUUGUGGGUAGAAUCCUUGGCCCGCGGGGACUCACGGCCAAACAGUUGGAAGCAGAAACGGGAUGUAAAAUCAUGGUGCGAGGCAAGAGCUCCAUGAGAGACAAAAAGAAGGAGGAGCAGAACAAAGGAAAGCCAAACUGGGAGCACCUCAACGAGGACCUUCAUGUUCUGAUCGCCGUGGAAGACACUCAGACCAGAGCUGAGAUCAAAAUGAAGAGAGCUUUGGAGGAGGUGAAGAAGCUCCUCGUACCAGCUGCGGAGGGCGAAGACAAUUUGAAGAAGGUCCAGCUGAUGGAGUUGGCCAUUCUCAACGGCACAUACCGAGACAGCAACAUCAAAGCGCCCACCUUUGCGUUCUCUCUUGCAGCGGCGGCGGCCGCCGCUCAGGGACCCCGGCUCAUAGCGGCACCCGCGGGUCAGGUGUUGCCGCCCCAGGCUCUCCGGCCCCCGGCUCCGGCCGGGGCCCCCCUCAUGAACCUCAUCCGGCCCCCUCAAAUGGCCGCCAUGCUGUCCAACGGCACCCCGACGCUGGUGCCGCCCACGCCGGACGGCGGGCUCAUCUACACCACACCUUACGAUUACCCCUACGCCCUGGCGCCCACCUCCCUGCUGGAGUACCCCAUCGAGCACAGCGGGGUUCUAGGUAAGCGGGCCUGGGGGAGCGUGAGCGCGGCGGGCACGACGGCCCACUUUAGCCUCCCCGGCCAGGAGGGUGGCUUGUUUUACCCCGCUGUCGGGGUGCUGGACACAUCCUCCGUGAGCCACGGUCAAGACUUUUUGAAAGGUGCAAUGGCUACUAAAGUGAGACGGCAUGACACGCGGGUCCAUCCUUACCAAAGGAUUGUGACCGCUGACAGAGCCGCCACCGGCAACUAACAUGAACCUUCUGACCUCUGAACCUUCACCCAAUGACGAGCCGCCCCCCAGCCUGCCUGCUGAUCAGUUAACUGGUAAUUUGCCUUUUGCUAGCCUCUCUCUCCCAGUGGCUAAAGAGAGAGAAAGAAAGAGAAGGGAGGCGCCAACCCUAACACGCCGACAAAAAAAAAAAACUUCACACCAACAUGAAGUUGUGUACUACUCAUUUUUCUUCUGUUCAUUGAGUUCCGUUCCCAUUCUUUCUCUUUCUUUUUCUUCACCAGUCACACGCCGCGGGUGGGAUGUUUGUGGUGUUAAUCAUUCAUGUGCACUGAUGUUAAAUAGCAAUAAGAUGCCAACCAGAGAACCCACCCGCCCCCCUCAUUGCCCCUCCCCACCCCAAUAUUUUGUCACAACCAUUUUAGAUGGCAAUGCGCCUCAAAAGAAAACAAAAUGGCCACCCACCCCAAAAAGAAAAAGAAACAGAAGGAAAGAGAAUGUCAACACUCACCUUAACUUUGUUGAAAUUGUCAUUACGAUUUGUAAUCAUGACACAUUCUGGGUGUGCUGCCCUUUUACCCUCGCCCAGCCCAACAAAAAAAAGAAGAAGCUUUUUCUGACUUGAUUUGUUUGAAAACCGCAUGGCUGUAACGAUUGCAAACAAUGGGCUUUUCUUUCGUUCAUUUUUUUUCUUUGCCUUUUUUUGGGGUUACAAUUUAUGUGUCUUUUUUUUCUUCUGUUCACACUUUAUUAUUUUAUUUUACUAAACUAAAGAAAGACGCAGGCUGCUAAAGCUAAGGCCAGGGAUGGGCCUAACUUGGGACGAAGGGUUUUACGUAUGUGUGUGUGUGUGUGCUUUUAUCUUUUUAAAAAUUUUUUGUUUUCUACUAUAUUGAAAGUCGGGUGUUUAUCAUCCACACUACAUCCACGUUACAGUGCCUGAUGUAUUUAGAACAAACUAGAUCUCAUUGAGUUUGCUGAGCUGUGAUCAAAAAGACAAAAAAAACAAAAACAAGUAUUACGUGUGCGUAUUUAGCCAAAGGUUUUCCCGAUGAUUUUAUAUUUGCCAUUAUGCAUCUUUUAAAACGUUUGGAAAGGUUUGAAUUUGCGGUGCCUGCCUUUAAAGCCAGUCAGUUAGCAUUUUGAAUAUUUUUAUUUUAUUUUUUUAUUCCAGAGGAGCAAAAUAAUACUAGGAAAAACUCCUUGGAUUAUCAUUUAGAUGAAGGGUCCCUGCCACCUUUUGCCAAUUUUCGUCGGCCAUUUCGGGUCACACCAGCGUGCAAGCGCAUCCACAAUGUGUCACAUCUCUCGUAUCUUCUGAGCUCUUUUGUUGAACUCUCUCAAGAACAAAAAAAAUAGGAUGUGAAAGCCAUGCCUGCCUGUUCAAAUUGCUUUAUACAUACGUCUUAUAUAUACACUAUAUAAAUAUAUAUAAAAUGUACAUAACGCCAUUGCAUAGAUAAAUACAUACACAGAAGCGAACAAAAAAAACAAUUGAUAAUUUUACAGUACAGGGUGCUGGACUAGAGGAAAAAAGGAAUUCUAUUUUUGCCAAUUUUAGCUUUUGAUACUUUGCAGAUACAAAAUCUGAUUAAAAAGACAAUAAAAAAAAAGAUUGGCGAGGAAGUGCCGUUGGCCUGGACUUGACUGGAAAGAGUUUUAUUUAAAAUAAAAAGGAAGGAAUCAAAUAAAAACAAAAAGUGCCUUAUCGAGAGUGGUGUCGGUUUUUCCGAGAAGUAAAAAAAAAAAAAAAAAGCCAGCACCCACCCUAGAUGGCGCAGAGCGGAGCGUGGCAUCAGCGGCCCGCGUUAACUCUAUGCAACCCGAAUUAGCUGACUCAGCUAAAUAUGUGCCAUGUUUUUUUUUGUCUUCCUGACAUUUUUUUUUCUUUUUACUCGACAGCCCUUUACUCUGCUGUGUGAGCAGGCUUUGAGCUCCUUGAUUUUGUUUUGUGCGGGCGCCGUACUUCCUAUGGGAGAAAAAAAACGGCGCCGCCGAUAGUAGCACUGCAGUCGGAUGCAUCGUGAGCUGAGAAAAAUACAUCCAUGAUUUGUUCAAGUUUAGCAGCAUUUGUUUAAACAACCGCGAUUUGAUGAUAAAUAAUCACCGUUGCGACGUUUGAAAAAAAUAUAUAUAUGAAAUGAUCGCUUAAAUUGAUUUUUACCAAUUCUGUUCAUGGCUUUCUCAUCGAGCCGAAAAGGUCAAUGAAAUUGUUUUAUUUUCAGUGUUACUCUUAUUCUUUGAAAAAUUUGAAAUGCAAUAUAAGUGGAGAUGGCUGUAAAGCAUUUGACAGUAUUACGAGAAAUCCCUCUCGAUGUUACGCGCUGCAAUUGUGUGCAUCAUCAGGUGGUGAAAAAGUUGGGACAAAAACAAAACGUAUUCUCUCUGGCCUGCCUACUAUACAUGUAUAAUAAUGUAAUUAACAGCCAUUGUUACAGGUUUAUAAUGUAUUUUUCUAAUCUCAUUUUAUAUGUGUAUUAAUCAUGUUUCUGAGUGCUUUUUUAUGACCCCGCCCAACUCUCCUCCCUUCCUCACCCCCCUUUCACUUUUACACAUCGGGAAGUGUUAUAUUUUGUUUUCAUGCCCAGCUUGUUUAACUCAUGAGCUACUUUUAUUAGUUUCUCUUGUCAUAAGUAUUUUACAUGCUUGCUAUUUAGUUUUUACAUGGUGUAUGCUGUUAUUUUUUUCUCCUUAUUAACCUCUUGGCAUUUAUUUUAAUAAAACAUUCUUAGUAAGAAUUUUACUAACGCGCUGAUAUUUUAGUCUUGUGUUUUUAACCAGUCUCAUGAAUGUAUUGACUCGGUCUGGUUCACGGACUAACAGAAUUAAUUACAACUGGUGACUCGUGGACGCUACAAACACGUGCACACACAAACGUGUUCUCAUGAGGUUUUUUGGUAGGAAAUUGUACAAAAUGAUGGCGCGUUACCUUACGAUCUGGACGAUUCUUUGACCCCUGUCGUUAGGGUAUAUUUUUGCCCCCGUGAUUAUUUUGCGGGCGAUUUAGAAUGCAAGUGGAAAAAUGUAACUUGACAGAAAACCGAUAAACGAGUCAAAGAAAUUUAAACUUGCAUGGAACUCAAAUGUAAUUCAGUCCUAGAUUUUUUUUCAGUAUUUUGCUGUUGGCUUUGAAGAAGAAAAAAAAAACUGCCAUUUUCUAAUAUUAUCUAGUCAUCCACAUGAUUGUAGUGAAAUGCUGCCCCCCCCCCCCCACAAAAAAUAUAUAACAUCCAAAAAAAAGCCUUGAUCUAAAAUUUUAUUAAUUUGAAAUUUAUUAUGUAAAAGAUGUUCCUCAAAUGCAAGAGUUGUCUUUGGAAAUCCUACUAAGCUAGCAUGAGAACAGGUUUCACCCACAAAGACACCAGCACCAUCUAACUGGAAAGUGCACGAGUUGAUACGCGUCCCUCACUCCUCACGCAUUGCUCACCUCUGUGCUGAAAGGCGAAAUCUGCUGACACUCUUCAUACCUUUGCCCUCGCCAGCAACACCGCUGCUGUCUCCGCUCAAGACCACUCUUGUUUUUUGUUGUCCUUCUGUGUCUCACGCAAUACUGCGAGGUAGCAGGCCGGUGACUAGCUCCGCCUCCCGCCCGGCAAUAAAAGUCACAAAAUCUCAAACGGUCGAGAUGAAAGUAUUCAAAGGGAGUUUUGUUACGUCGACAUUGCAGCUGUCCAGUGAGCGCUUUGCAUCAUUUGCGUUCUUGAUAGAACAGUUUAUACCUCUAUGCUUAAUGCUUAGGGUCAGUCGUGUAGUCUCGGAUUAUUUGGAUCCAGUUUCCCUGGAUUUGGUCGACAUAUCCAGGAGAAAAAAAAAGUCAUAAGAACUCAUGCCUAUAAAGACAUCAAAAGAGUCCUAUUAUGCUUCCAAGAAACUAUUUCAGGAUCAAUUUGGACGCACAUGACUUUGAAGGCAGUUUUGUAGGCAUAGGGUGUAACAAAAAACGAUUCGAAUCGGAAAAUAGUUUUUUAUUUUGGAAGAUCCAAGUGCAUCAAAUUGAACCGAAUCGUUCCACUUAAAAAUAUUUCAAGAAACCUAUUGAAUCGUAUUUUAUUGGCGAUAUAAAUGCUAGAUAAGGUCAGUCGUGCAACUCUCGAAUUGAGCCGUAUCGAAUCCCACUGAAUCGAGACGAAUCUUUGAAAUUCAACCGUCCUUGAGUCCAAUUGCACUCCAUGUGUCCGCAUACGUAUCUUGGACAAAAAAAAAAUACACACAUAAAUAGGGAAUGAAUUAUUUCUGCCAUUACGUCCAAAAACAACUCCUGAAGCUGUAAUUGAUGUUCCAACUGUUUGUAAACAAAAAUCCAGCGUAGCUUAAAACCAAACCAGCAUUAUGGGAGAGUUUAUGAAGUACUUUGGGAUCAAAACAGCCUUCUUUUUUUUUUUUUUACUAAACUCCCAAUAAGGAUUCCAGCUAUCUUAUAUUUAUUGUCCAGUGGAAGUGUUUUUAUUUUCUUGUCUCAAACUGCCAGCGUGUCAUUCUACUGCUGCGUCAUCCCUGGCAUUAUAAUUCUUCCUCCUCCGCCGCCCGACACAUUGUCACGACACACACGGGAAAAGAUUAACUUCAUUAUUAAUCCUUAUUAUCAUUGCCAGGGACGCCUACGCAUUUUGUUACCUCAUUUUUCUUUUUGGGUUAAAUCCUUGCAAAAAAAAAAAACUUGAUCACUCAGUUUGUCCUCUAUAAACGCACAGGGAUUAAAUGCGUCGAACAUCAGCGUUAGAAUCUUCACAGGAAAUUAAGUGAAUUAUUAAGAACUCCUGUCAAGACUGGAUUAGUGGCAAUAAUCGCAAAUCUGAUGGUUUUUUUUUUUUUCGGUGCCACAUUUCCUCAAAUAGUGCCUUCAUCUCAAGAGGACAGCUAGUCCGUCCAAUUUAUAGCCUGUAUUAGUUGCCAGACAAUGGCAAGGCACUAUUUAGAUUAUUUGGAGCCUUCAAUCAACCUAACAUAGAUGUUUUUGUAAUGGAAGGUGAAUUCAAAACUCAAAAUAUUCGAACCAUUGCAGAACCAUGACCUUGAAUGUUGUUUUAGUCCAGUCAAAAUUCAAUACACGUUACAUUCAAGUGCUAAAUUGUCCCCCAAAGCACAAAAUAUUCCUGCCUUAUCGUUAAACUAUCGCAAAAGUGUUUCUUUUUUUUCCUGACAAAUGAAGUGCUUAUUUUGUCUCUUUUUAUCUCCUUUUCCUUUUUGUGGAGUAUGACAAAAUAUUGACGCACAAGGAAGGGAUUGCUUUUCCAACUUUGUGCCUCUCUGAUUGGACCAGCGUAUGUCAUGGUCAGCCAAUGACAUGCCGCCUCCACUGCCGCUGUCCGUCUCUUUGCGACAAAAACGCAUCUCAGGGCAUUGAGUGUCUUUUUGACCUACUAACGUUUCCCAUCUGUCCAUCUUGCCUUGUCUCUGGCUAACAAACAUUCCUUCAGUGAGUUCAACGGCAGGUUGGUCGCACUCGACAAAAAAUGACAAAAAAAUAACUACUUGUCAAAAAAAUAAGCCCCAUUGGAUUUUCAUUUUAUGCUUCACCAGUGUUAUGCCUUAAAAAUAGGAUUGAAUAUUAUGGUAUAUAUUUACUGUAAGUUCCUUAUCAGUAUAAUCGUGCACUAAAAUGUUUUGUUUUUUUAAAUUGUGCAGUAGAUUUUGUUUUGUGUUGUUUUGACAAUACAGGGACUAGACUGAGAAUUUUGAAGAGGUAAAUAAAACAUGUAUUGAAACUUUUUUGUUGCUCAACCCCCGCCAAAAAAAAGUAAAAAGGGAAAAAAAUGUGUGCAAUAAAGAAUAAUGUGUGUUUCAUCUGACUGCUCAA